AUGAAUUCUGUUGGAGCAGAUACUGGCGAAGAGGAUACAGGAAUGGAUUCUCCUGCAGCAGUCACUGGUGAAGAGGACACAAGAAUGGAUUCUGUUGGAACAGGUGCUGGUGAAGAGGACACAAAAAUGGAUUCUGUUGAAGUAGGUAUUGGUGAAGAGGACACAAAAAUGGAUUCAGCUGGAACAGCUGCUGGUGAAGAGGACACAAGGAUGGAUUCCGCUGGUGCAGGUACUGGUGAAGAAGACACCUCAGCCAAGAAAUGGCCAUUCUGA